CUGACACUGAUCAAACAGGGAUCACUCUCAAAAUCACAACACUCCCCACCACACAAAAACAUCUCCGCUGUUUGUGGCACCCAGCACAGCCCCACCUGAACCAACAUUCAAAUAGUCAAGAGUGACUCUGGCCCCAGGUAAGGGGACACCAAGCACAUUUACAUCCCUGCACCUGCCCUGCUGCCCACAGCAGCGCCACCAAAUUCCCCCCAGCAGCAGCAGCAGCUCUAUAAAGCUCCUCUUGCCAUCCCUGACACCCCACCAACAGCAGCCACUGACCUGCCUCAGCCUCUGCUGCCACAGCCCCCUGGGCCAGCACAGCUCUGCUCCACAGCUCACACCAUGGAAGCUUGUCACCCUCCACAGCAAUCCAAUGUCACUUCAUAUGGGGCCACAACUGUGGCCAUCAUCACCGUGGAGGCGUUCGCUGGCAUGUGGAUGAAUGCUUUCAUCGUUUGUGUGCUUUGCAUUGCCUGGGUCAAAAAGAAAACCUUGAACUCCAAUGAGAAGAUCUUGCUGCUGCUGGGAUGCUCCAGGAUUUCCUAUCUAUGUUUCACAUGGGUAUCCCACUUCCUUUCAAUACUUUAUCCUGAUUUCCUUAAUGUUCACACCAUACUUCAACUAAUUGCAACACUUCAAACCUUUUUUAAUUAUUCCAACUUGUGGGUCUCAGCCUGUCUUUGUGGUUUCUACUGCAUAAAAAUUGCCAAUUUCAGCAACAGCUUCUUCAUCUACCUGAAAGUAAAAAUUGACAGGAUGGUGCCCUGGCUCUUGUUGGGGUCAGAGAUUUUAGCCUUGGCUAUGGGCAUGGUUGUCUCUGACCUCAUUGAAACAGUACAAAGGGAAAACUGCACUUUCACCAGCCAAGAAAAUUUCUGGGAAGCAAGAAUCAAGAUAGAUAAACAUUUUUUCUCCUCUUAUUUUAUUGCUGGAUUUGGAUAUGCAGCUUCAUUCAUGGUUGUCAUCUUUUCUGCUGUUUGCCUUCUCUUUUCCCUCUGGAGACACAAGCGCAGGAUGCAGACAAACUCCAUGAAGGACCUCAGCAUGGAUGCCCACAUCAGAGCCAUGAAAUCUGUCCUCUCCUUCUUAGUGAUGUACAGCAUCAACUUUGUAUGUUUGGUCUUGUCAAUAAUUUUUUGCACAAAGAAAGCAAAUGCUUUUCCCAAUGCUCUCUGCUUCAGUAAAACACCCAGCUCACAGGAGUUCUGGCUUCUCACUGAGGUCAACCUAUCACAACUGCCCUGGAAGAUCCAUCUUAUUUCAUCCACUUCAUAUGGGGUCUUAACUGUGGCGAUCAUCACCCUGGAGGUGUUUGCUGGCAUGUGGAUAAAUGCUUUCAUCGUUUGUGUGCUUUGCAUUGCCUGGGCCAAAAAGAAAACCUUGAACUCCAAUGAGAAGAUCUUGCUGCUGCUGGCAUUCUCCAGGAUUUCCAUUUUAUGCUUCUCAUGGAUAUACCACUUCAUUUUAAUAAUUUAUCCCAAAUUCCUUCAUGAUCAAAACAUACGUCAAGUCCUUGAAUCUUCUGGAAACAUCUUAAAUUAUUCUAACUUGUGGGUCUCAGCCUGUCUUUGUGGUUUCUAUUGCAUAAAAAUUGCCAAUUUCAGGAACAGCUACUUCAUCUUCCUGAAAGUAAAAAUUGACAGGAUGGUGCCCUGGCUCUUGUUGGGGUCAGAGAUUUUAGCCUUGGCUAUGGGCGUGGUUGUCUCUCACCUCAUUGAAACUGUGCAGAGGGAAAAUCACAAUUUCACCAGCCAAGGAAAUUUCUGGGAAGAAAGAAUAAGAACUGAUAAACAUUUUUUCUUAUCUCUUUUUCUCGCUGGCUUUGGAUAUUCAGCUUCAUUCAUGGUAGUCAUAUUUUCUGCUGUUUGCCUUCUCUUUUCCCUCUGGAGACACAAGUGCAGGAUGCAGACAAACUCCAUGAAGGACCUCAGCAUGGAUGCCCACAUCAGAGCCAUGAAAUCUAUCCUCUCCUUCUUAGUGAUGUACAGCAUCAACUUUGUAUGUUUGGUCUUGACAAUAAUUUUUUGCACAAAGAAAGAAAAUAUCAUGACACUCCUUAUCUUGACGUAUUUGUGUGCUUUUCCAGGUGCUCAUUCUCUUAUUCUGAUUUUCAGCAAUCCCAAGCUGGAAAAGGAACUGAUUAAGAUUCUCUCCUGGGUGAAGUGUGAGUUUUUAAUAAAAUAG